AAUCAUCUAGUUUUUUUUUCAGCGGAAACAAAGAUGAAGUGUUUCAACAUCGAUUUAACAAGCUGUAUAUUUCAAAUUUCAGAUAUCGAUUCAUUACAAACGACUCUGAAGUAAAAAUGCCGUUUUUUAACAGGUUUGACAAGACAAAAAUUUCGCGGACGAAACAAAUGGAAGAAAGAACUUUAAAAGACGGAUUAAGACAUACGGUUUUUAAUACUGCCAAAGAUAAAUAUGUCGGGGACUGGAAAAGAAAUCAAAAAACCGGUAAAGGUGUUCUACUGACUGGCGACAAAGAUUUAUACGAAGGCGACUUUGUCGAUAACUACAGACACGGUUUCGGUGUUUCAGCAUACUACCUUCCAAAGCACAAUGUUUUCGCUUUAAAAUACAGAGGUGAUUGGAAAAAUGGAAAGAAGGAAGGACGGGGUUUAAGAGUAUAUCCAGAAGUAGGAUUUUACAUAGGACAUUUUAAAAACGGAAAACGUUAUGGCUACGGUCAAAUGUGGUACAUUUGUGGAUCGUUCUACGAUGGGGAUUGGGUGAAGGAUCAAAGAGAAGGACUAGGUUUGUUGGUAAGGGAAGAUGGAAACAGAUACGAAGGUUCAUGGCAUAAGGAUCAGAAGCAUGGUGCGGGACGUUUCUACUUCUUGAACACGGGUAUAUUGCAGACUGGUGUUUGGAAAAACGACAUUUGUACAUUUAGUACAAUGAAUAACUUACCAUUUAGACAGAGUUCGAAAUUGCCAACAGUGUUUCCUUUAUUAGUCAAUACUUUGAUAAACCUAAACGAAAUAAUUGCUGCAGAGGAAAAGAAAGCUUUAGCAGGAUUUAAUGAAUUUUGUUUGAACGAAGACACAUUUGAAAUAUUCUCUCCACGGUCCACAAAUUAUUCUAAAAUGUCAAAUUAAGUUUUUAAUAAAAAAUAAUAUAAAUUGACUGUAUGUAAAUAAAUAGUAGAAAUUGA